UCGCAUCGCAUUUAUUUAUUUUACUUUUUUUUACAUUCGUUAUCUAUUCGUUUGCCUUUUGAGAGACCUUUCCUGGCAUGAAUGAUGCGAUUGCUUUCGCACAUUUUUCGGAAAGACAAUGAUGACGAUUCACGAUGAUUCGUCGCGUGUUAAAAAAAAAACAGGAAGAAAAAAAAGAAAAACAGACUUCGUUAGCAACGCUUGUUGAUUGCUAGAGAUUGCGGUCGAAUUUUACGAGAUUGCGUUUGUACAUGAGAAUUUUGUCCCGACGAGGGAAAUUUUAACGAGAAACUUUUUGAGAAAGCUGUCAGACACAUUCGGAAUCAUUGUACGCGUAUACACGAUUUAUUUAUUUUUCCUAUUUUUCUCGUAUUUUUUUUUUUAUCGAUUUAUACGGCUGCAAUCUUGAAAAAUCAUCAUGCGCAAUAUUUUGUCCUCGAAUUGCGAUGAACUGCUCACCGGAAUGGAUUGGGAGGACUUCGCAAAAAGAAUAGGUAAAAAAAAAUUUCGGUCUAGCUAUAAUACGGAGGAAACUCCACAGGCCCGUGGUCACCAACGCAGCUCUUCAGAUACACAGGCAUUUCGCGAGCGCACGAAAAGAGAUGCACGGGAUGAGCUGCAACGCGAGCUUGAGAAGCUGCAGGCAACCGCCCGUGAAAACAAGGCGACGAUAUUCAGCCGGCAGUUCGCUGGAUUCCAACAUCUUUUCGAGCGAUUCCUGCAGGAGGAGGGUCCGUCCUUAGAAUGGAACCAUAUUCAGAGGCUGUCCGAAGAUGCAGUCAAGAAUUACAACUCCUUACCAUCACCAGAGACAAACGAGGUGAAGGAACUGCUUGAUAAGUUGGUUGUUGUCAAGUUAAACGGUGGUCUUGGAACGAGCAUGGGAUGUCACGGACCGAAGUCCGUUAUUGCUGUACGAAAUGGACUCACGUUUCUUGAUCUCACCGUUCAGCAAAUUGAGCACCUAAAUAAAACGUAUAAUGCUAACGUGCCUCUCAUACUGAUGAAUUCGUUCAACACAGACGACGAUACACAACGCAUAAUUAGAAAAUACAAAGGAAUCGAUAUAGAUAUUUAUACUUUUAAUCAGAGUUGUUAUCCGCGCAUAAACAGGGAUUCCCUCCUACCAAUCGCUAAGCACUGUCAAGUCGAUGAGGACAUAGAAGCAUGGUACCCACCUGGUCAUGGAGACUUCUACGAAAGUUUUCAAAACUCUGGUCUACUUAAAAAAUUCAUUCAUGAGGGCCGCGAAUAUUGUUUUAUUUCUAACAUAGAUAAUCUUGGUGCCACGGUAGAUAUAAAAAUCUUGAAGUCAUUGUUUAGCAAAAGUCCGGAACCACCUCUUGAAUUUGUCAUGGAAGUAACUGAUAAAACACGAGCGGACGUCAAGGGUGGUACACUUAUAAAAUACGAGGAUAAACUUCGUCUCCUUGAAAUAGCUCAAGUUCCUAAGGAUCACAUCGAUGAUUUUAAAUCUGUUAAGACAUUUAAGUAUUUCAAUACCAACAACCUCUGGAUUAAACUUAAUGCUAUCGAAAGAGUACUUGAGCAGAAAGCGAUGAAUAUGGAGAUAAUUGUAAACAACAAAACUUUUACCAAUGGUCUGAAUAUAAUACAACUUGAAACAGCUGUAGGAGCUGCUAUGAAAUCAUUCGAAGGAAGCAUUGGUAUAAAUGUGCCGCGUAGCAGAUUCUUGCCGGUGAAAAAGACUUCUGAUCUAAUGCUCGUAAUGAGUAAUUUGUACACGCUACGCAACGGAUCUCUCGUAAUGAGUCCUCAAAGGAUGUUCCCCACAACCCCUCUCAUCAAAUUGGGAGAUAAUCAUUUUUCAAAAGUAAAAGAGUUUCUAACCAGAUUUCCGACAAUACCGGAUCUGCUCGAAUUAGAUCAUUUGACGGUGUCAGGCGAUGUUACCUUUGGAAAGGGAGUAACGCUAAAAGGCACCGUUAUUAUAAUCGCCAAUCACGGGGAACGUAUAGACUUGCCUUCUGGCACUGUUUUAGAAAAUAAGAUUGUAUCGGGCAAUCUACGUAUAUUGGAUCAUUAAGUUGCAGCGGGAGGCAAAGAAGCACCUCGAUUCGUCUCGUGGAGAGUAAAUGUCUGUCUCAGAGAACAGGAUCUGUGCUUUCAGCAAUCGUGUCUUAGCUUAAAUUAACUAGUCAAUUCAAUUGUAUAUACACAUGUUAUUUUAGAAAAGAAAAGGG